AUCGCCCAUUCUCACGUCCGUCAACUCUGACCUGACCCGGUGCUGGUGGCCCAACCGUUGUACAAUUAAAUAACCAUCAAAGUAUAUAAUUGCGUACGAGCACAUUUCGCUUUUGCGAUGAGACAAAACGAGUUCUCUCCGCUCCCCUUGGCUUUAUUUAAUUUGUGCGCGCAGUAAAAGUGCCAAGAACCACUAGGUGUGUUGUGUGUGCCCCCUUAAAGUCGUCGGCGACGACGCAAUUUGCAUGAGCGACAGCUUCGAAUCUUUCGAACAAUUUAUACCACGAAGGAUGACUCAACGCUGAACAAUUUCGUGGCCCGCGUGUGUGAGUGCGUCGUCGCUGAGAAAACAUUUUCUGCCUGCUUGACUGAUAAUUUCUACGAUCCGCGCUUAUUGUUCACUUAGUUUUCGUUAUUUCUGGGGCUGUCUGUUGUAACUGCUUGGCAUGGACGGAUCGGAUCGUUGGCAAUAAUAAUCAUAAUGCAGAGUGAAAGCACCAACCUAGCAUGACACGGCUUAAUUGGGCCGCUUAACGCUUUCAUUCAACCCACAAGCGGUCUGGACUCGAAACCCAUUCGAACAUAAACCAAGAACUAGAACACGUAGCAUCGCAUCGCAUCGCACCACUGGCCUCCUCCCCAUUAAAAAGGGGAACCAAGGCCACCACCACCACCUCCAUCCUCCCGCCUGGCAGCAUAAUUUCUCUCGAAAAACCGCACUCGCACACACAUUUCUUCCACAACAACCGCAACCGAAUAACACGAAUAAUGAAUUAUCAGAAGGCCAGUGAAAAGCAGUCGCCGUCCUCAUUGAAGAAGCGACCGCCGGGCGGCAACGGCAAUAGCAUACAAAACUUUUGGAACGAACGCAUUAUGGAGCGCUUCAUAAAGGCGAAUCUAUUCAUUAUCUGCUGCGUGGUGGCGGUUCUUCUGCUGAUCGUCUAUCUGGGGGCCUUCUCGUGCGAGGUCUCUUGGAUACUGGAGGCCCACGGCGAGCUGCCCUUCGCCGCCUACACGCUCUGCUCGCUUUACUUCGUCAUGUUCGUGGCCACCACGAUCCUCAUCCACGGCCUGGUCAGCGGGCUCUGCUGGCCCCUGUUUGCCUGGUCCGGCAUCAUCGGCCUGCUCUCGAUUCCCGAGCUGGUCUUUGUCAUGAUCAUGACCACCCAGCACUGGGGACUUCAAUCCGUGCAUGGACUGACCGAGCUGACCUCGUACCUGAUUCGCCUGAUCAUCAACUGCUUUGCGCUGAUCUGCGUGAUUCCCACGGGCAUCCGGUGGCGUCGGGAGACCCAGGUGCUGAGCCAGCUGCAGGGACUGGCCACCAGACUCUCCCUGCAAACGCCCGCACCCAGCGUGCCCAUGACCAAGGCGGAUUCCCGACGCUCCAGCCAGCGGCUGAGUGGCUUCGAGAACACCGGCUACCAGCUAUGCGAUGAAACGGCCUCCAAGUUGCCGCAGGGUCCGGGAAUAGGACUGGCUCUGAACAACCAAUGUGGCGGCAGUCAGGCGUUUGGCUCCCAGAAUGAGUUCAAUGCCAGCAUGUUUGCUCCGGCCUUGGUGCAGCAAUUCAACAAUGGAACACUGAUGCAGCGCAGUGGCGCAGCUGGAGCUACUAAUGGCCAUCGCGCCCAAUCCCUGAUGGAUCUGCGCUGCACUCUGCCCGGAAUGUACAAUCCCAGACACGUGCUCGAUACCGAGGACAAGAACGCCAAGUACUUCAACAUAACCAUCGACGAUCUGAAGAACAAUCUGCAGGACUCGCAUCGACCAUCGCCACCUUCGCUGAUUGGCUCUACCAGCAACGAUCCCAUCUACUGCUCCAUCGAACCCAAGCAGUUGACGCCACCACCCGCUCAGCAAAGGAACUACCAUCGUCCACGGGGAACGCACAAGCAGCCGCCACCCGGCAAACUGUCGCGGAAUUGUGUUUCCCUCGAAAACCUGGACGGAAUAAGUAAGGUGCAGAAUGACUUGAACGCCUAUGGAAAAAAUCUCCUCCAGAAUUACACGCAGCAGCAGCAGUAUUACCUUGCCAUGUUGCUGCACCAGCAGCAGCAGCAACAGUUGCACCACCAACAGGCGGCGGGUGGCAUCUACCGCCGACCAUCAAACUGCAGUUCCGCGGGAGGAUUCGUGGGCCCCGUGCUGGCACAGCCGAUGCAGCGACGCGGCUCCACCCACAGCCAGCAGAUGCAGUACUACGGGGGCUUUGGCUAUGCCAACUACGCCAAUCCGUACAUCACGGCCAACAGCAAGCUGUCGCUGGGCAACGAAUCCGACGACUACCGGAAGUACCGCGAUGUGGCUCUUUGAGUCCGUUCCGGCUCCAGAGCCCCAUCGAUCAUCAGUCAGCGCUUAGGUUACACUUACUAGUUGUAGGACAUGCUCGACAUAGAAUGAGAUUCCUCGGAAUAACGACCAAAGAGCCACAAACUAACUCAGUUUCAGUUCGUAGACUAACGUUACACUGGGAGAAUCUUACACCACGUUUAUACGCAGGUUAUAUUUGCAAGUACAAGUUUCGGAAUAGCUAAAAUGGGUCUGCAAAUAUUUUGUUAUUUGCGAAAGUAAUAGUCCCACAAAUAUGUGUUAUGUUAACAAGCACGCCUCAUUGGCAAAUAGAAAUGUUUCAAUGAGAGAAGAAGGUGGGGCAUGAAAAGAUCGGCACAUAAACAUCAAAUUGUGGAAAAAUCACAUGUAUAAAGACCCUUUCUCAAAGAGAAAUAGAUAAUUAGUUUGGCAAACAAUUAUAGCAGGCGUAUAAACCAAGUAAUAGAGUAACUGGUUAAAUUAUCGUGACUUGCUCACAACGAACCCCAUUUUAGUUCUAGGAAGCUACCACAAAUCGACAUUGACAUUCAUGGUUUAUUAUAGAUACUAGGAAUACGGAUAACAAUACUCUGAUCGACAGUCUAACCAUCCACAGAUCGAAAACUGUAAAUAUUUGUAAUAAAAGGCAUUCAUGUUUUUACUCGGAA